AUGGAAAACGAGACCGAGCCUUCGACUGGGACCACACUUUUCAAUAUAAGUAAUGUAACAUUGAUGCACGAGUAUCAAGAACUAAUCGAGAAGCUGAAUUACGAACGAAUGCUGUUCCAACUACCAGUGAUAGUUACACUGCUGGUCGUCAUGGUGGUGGCCAUAUUCGGGAACAUUCUUGUCAUCUGUGUGUACAGAAUGACCUACAAGAGCAGUGUAGCCAGUUUCUUUAUCACCCUUCUGGCAAUCGUAGAUCUGAGCACAACGCUAUGCAUCUCCUUCAACAUCCAAGACAUGUUCAAUCCGUACAUGAACCCUCUUCCAGUUGUCUGUAAAAUUGGUCGCUUCCUCGAAUCUUUCGUGACCAUUAUGUCAGGGAAUUUUCUGUUGUGCGUUGCCUUUGACCGGUAUUUCCAUAUAAUCUACCCUCUAAGAAGAUACACCUUCCAGCAAGCCAAAGCCCUCGCCAUAGUGAUGACCGCCGUGGCUCUGUGUAUGUCGUGGCCGCAGCUAUUUCUAGCUGGUAUGAAAACUGUGGAAACGCAUGUAAAAGGGAUUUACGGUGAAGACUGUUCAUUCCGGGAUGACGUUGACAACUCCAUAUAUACCCUGUUAUUUCAAGGUGUACUGAUGGCGACUUUCUUCAUAGGCAUGUUCGUUUUAAUUAUAUUCUACGGUCGAAUUUACUUUGUCAUCUGGAGAAGACUCAGGUGCACUAUUGGAGAACGAGUAUACGUCAGCCCUAAUGGUAAGAGAAGAAAAUGCCAGAUUCAGCUAGAGCUGCUAAAAGGUCGAGCGUCAAACGAAAGUACGGAAAGCACUGAAGUAUCUGUGGACAUUGGAAACAACAAUGAUUCAACAUCAAUUGAGAUACGGGAUGGACCGAGCGAAGAAAAAGAUCGACCCCUAAUGUUAAGCGACAAAAUGGAGACCAGCGACAGCAGUAACGAUUUGGAACUGCACCGCAGUUUAAAACAUGAGACCAAGAGACGUAUCAGUGAUAUACCUAGGAAGAGUAAUAAAACGAGAAACAUUCAAUCCGGGACCUCACGUACGACACGAAUUAUGGCCAUCAUAACGGUGUUUGCAAUUAUUGGAUUUCUGCCAUAUCUGUUAGUGAAUCUGUUUAAAAACAUGGGACUCUUUUUCAGGCCUGGUAUGAGCACGGCAGAGGAUUUGAUCUACGAGUUCUGUACGAAGUCGCAUUUCAUAAAUUCUUUUGUGAAUCCCAUCAUUUACAGUGUAAUGAAUCCCAUAUUCAGGCGUAAUGCAUGGAAAACCGUAAAGACGAUCGGUCAAAUCUGCUGUUUAAAACUUAAUAAUAGUUAA